AAAGAAGGCUACAUAAGUUGUUUGGAGUAGUCAAAAGAGGAAGAGGGCAAUUGAGGAUACAGAAUAAUCAUGGCUUUGUUUCACAAACCAACCGUGCAAGUAGCAGCUCUUGGUGGCUUCAUUCUUGCUGCAGCUUCAGUCCUUGUUUUGGCAGAUUCCAGUUGCAGUAAUGGAACUGAUAAAGUUGAGGACUUUCACCAUCUGAGAAGGUCACUGGGCUUCAUUUCUGGGAAGGGCAGAGUUGGGUAUCAGCAUGUCUGGCCGGGUAUGGAAUUUGGAUGGAGGAUUGUGGUAGGCACUGUAAUUGGAUUCAUUGGAGCAGCUUGUGGGAGUGUAGGAGGUGUUGGUGGAGGCGGCAUCUUUGUUCCCAUGCUCACUCUUAUCAUUGGCUUUGAUCCCAAGUCAUCAACAGCGAUCUCCAAAUGUAUGAUCACAGGAGCAGCAGCUGCAACAGUUUACUACAAUUUGAAGAUGAGGCAUCCCACUCUUGAACUACCCGUCAUCGACUAUGACCUUGCACUCAUGUUUCAGCCUAUGUUGAUGCUUGGAAUCAGCAUUGGGGUGGCUCUGAAUGUUCUUUUUGCUGACUGGAUGAUCACCAUUCUACUGAUUUUCUUCUUCCUUGUUACAUCAACCAAGUCGUUCUUAAAAGGUGUGGAGACGUGGAAGAAGGAAACCAAAUCAAAGAAGGAGGCUGCCAGAAGCUUGGAAGUCAAUGAAGAAGCUCUCACUGAGGCAGCUCAACCAGGAACCAAAGAGCCAAAGAAAGAGGUCGUCACGAUUCUCGAGAAUGUUUAUUGGAAAAAACUCGGACUUCUUGUUGCUGUGUGGUUGAUUAUACUAGUCCUGCAAAUUGGCAAGAAUUAUACAUCAAACUGCUCUUUGGCAUACUGGCUACUAAACUUCUGUCAGAUUCCUGUGGCUGUUGCUGUGAGUUCAUAUGAAGCCAUUGGCCUAUACAAAGGGCGGAGAAAGAUUGCUUCCAGGGGAGAAGUAAGUUCAAACUUGAGAGUGCAUCAACUGCUUCUCUACUGUUUCCUCGGCCUACUGGCCGGUAUAGUUGGUGGAAUGCUGGGGCUUGGUGGUGGGUUCAUCUUAGGCCCUCUAUUUCUGGAGUUGGGAGUUCCUCCACAGGUUGCAAGUGCCACUUCCACCUUUGCCAUGACAUUCUCAGCGUCAAUGUCCGUUGUGGAGUACUACCUUCUGAAGCGCUUCCCGGUUCCUUAUGCUCUGUAUUUCUUUGGUGUGGCCACCAUAUCUGCCUUGGCAGGGCAACAUGUGAUUAGAAAGCUGAUCGCUUUACUAGGGAGAGCAUCUCUUAUCAUCUUCACUCUCUCCUUCACCAUCUUUGUUAGCGCAAUCUUGCUAGGUGGGAUUGGGAUAGUACACAUGAUCAAGAAGAUUGAGGGGAAAGAGUACAUGGGAUUUGAAGACAUUUGUUCAUAAAGCUAUUAGCAGACUAAUGUAAGGGUGCUAAUUUUAAAACCACCCUCUAGUGCCUCUCGUGUACAGAAAGAAGAAAGAAUAGUUCCGUUUAGGUCAUAAAGUAGACCCUCACCUGCAUUUGAGGCUCUGCAGUAUCAUUAAAACCAGUGAACUUCCUUCGUAUCAUUACAAUGGUAGUAUACAGAUUGCUCAACCAGCCAGCGUUGCUUCUGCUGCAGUGCUCUGACAACCUUUGGCAGGCUCAGUCCUUGGUGGCACGGGUUAGCUGAACAAACACAACCUAGUUAUGUUUGGUUGCUUCAGAAUCACUUUAUGGCAUGAACCAAGUGCCCUCGUAUCUCCGGUGCUUUGUUUUCACAUCAUUGUCUACUCCUUUACCACCAUGGUAGUACAAACAGAUGGUGACACUGGAGUCUUCUCCCCUGCUCUUCCUGCUUACUCAGAUGCUGAUUGGGGAAAGGACCCGGUCAAAACUGGUUUCUUAGUCUAGUAGUAAGCAGCAAGCUGUGAUUAUUUCCUGGUCUCUUUUGUAUCCCAAUCAUAGUUUCUUAAGGUGAGAAUGACACUGCCACUUGUUCCCAGACACUAGAAGCUAGAACUCAGGCAGCGCAGCGCAGGAACACGCAUCCGCCUUUCAUGUUGCUCUCCGCCAUUUUGCUUUCAUUGCAGAAGGCCAUCUUUUGUAGAUGAUAAGCUCGAAUCUCACGAAUACUUUAGAAAUGGAAUAACUCUCGCCCUGCCUUGCAUUCGCCAUCACUUCCUUAAGCUCCAACGGAGUGGUGACAAUAUGGGUCUGUGAUUCAACCAGGUGACUUAAUAUCCUCGACGCGUUGGGGAGAGGUAUCCUUGUAGGACAACAGAGUCUGAUAAUGGCCAUCGAUAUGAACAUUAUGACG